AUGGCCUGGGCAUGGGUACUGGCUACACCAGAUGCAUAUCUGGCUGCCAUGCGGUACCAUAAGUUGGUAGAGGAAACUGCGGUACCCGUGUUUGUUCUUAUGUUCCUCUUGCGACGGGUUGACAUCGACGAACCUAGCUUCAAACUCCUCUUAGAGCAGUGUCGAAGGCUGUUGAAUUCCAUGGUUCAAGAUGAUCUCCCACCCACACCCAAAGACUCAGAACCUAUACCAGCGCGCAAUAUUAAAGGAGACUCUGCUCUGGCGAUGACCAUCCUUGUUCGAUUAACCAACUUGGCACGCAAUGUUGCUCCCAGGGCUCUGGUCAACAUAGCGGAAAUGUUUACAUCCUCAUUUGCUCAUCUAACAUCAACGAAGGACCUGGAUAAACUUGGCCCUAAAAAGGCGCGCCGAGUAACAGAGCUUUACAACAAAUUUAUCCAACGUUUGGCAGGGUGGUGCCGAGUAGAACCGUAUCAUUCGGCUAAAUUACAGCAAAAGGCUGUAUUCCACGUACUACGAGAGAUGGAAACUUACAACCCACCCCUCCCGGUCAACAAAGCGAGUUAUCAGGCAAUUACGCAGAUUUUACUUGCCUCCAAAAUGACGAAAGCAGAAAGACAGUGGGAUAGCUUCAAGGCAGUCUCCUGGCCUCCGUGGAAGGAAGACAGGCUCGGAAUCGACGCUGAAAAGACUGAGGGAAGCAAAAGCAAGGCAAUGGAGUCUAUGGCCCACAUGCAGCAGGCCGGCUAUCGUUUUGAUGAAUGGGAUAGAGCGGCGUCUGUUGUAGCCGGCUGGGAUACAGAUGGAACACCGACAAUUCAAAAGAGAACCAGGCUUCCAGAUCCCAGCUGGCAGUUUUCAGAAGAGAACCAAUCUCCCUCAGAACCACUUGUCUGGGCUGCCCGUAUUCGUGCAACUAGAACUCUCCGAGAAGCAUGGGCAUGCUACGUCUCUUCUCAGCAGCAGAAUGUCCGUCUCACCGAACAGAUCAUCCAUGAAAUCGUGGAAAAACUCAUCGCGUCCGAGAGAACCCGCGGGCAAAUCAAUCGACUGGAGCAGUUUGGAUCUCAAGCUUCUACCUUUACUCCAUCUGAUGGCGGUAAAGAGGUGCAUCCCGAGCCAACGUCGCCGCGCGAUCUCAUAUAUGUACCUUCCGAGCCACCGAGUCUACCUGAGUUUUUACAACAGACGUUUUCACAGGAUUUUCCGCUACCAGAUAAAGUGCUUGUCUUGAUCCUUCGACAUACUUCCUCCUUAAAGCAGGGACUGGAUUAUAUCAAUCACAGUAGCCUUAGUAAGGGCCAGAUUUAUGCAUUGUUUAGCCCUUCCUCCCAGCAAGGCAAAGAAAGGCUGGAAGCGCUGAGCUCCAUCCAUGAUGCCACCUUUUCUGCUGUCAUCCGGUUCCUAUGCAGGUGUGCUUCACACAGUACCGUGAAUCGGAUUGCAGACCGGAUAGAAGCUCUGAAUGCCAUGUUCCCGAUUAUCUUGCCACGAUAUUCGGACUUGGAACCCAACCAAGGCCGUGCCCUUGCUCACGCUGUUUUUCUCAUGGAGCAACGGAGGCCCCGAUACAUGUCUGCCUGGCAUAACCUUCUCAAGGCUGUGGCUAUCGGCAGUCGACCGUUUCACCAUUUUCACAGGCUCGGACUCGCUCCAGGAGUGAACCGAGUCUUUGUUUGGGAAGAGACACUAAGACUGGCUGAAUACAUGAAGGCCAACUCCAUAGCGCUAGACCUAAGGUGUAUCCAGCUCAUGUGUAAUGGAUUCGCAGGUCUGCUGCAAACCCUCCAUCUCCACCCCAAUGCCGUCAAGGCAGGGGGAAGGGCAAUGUCUCAUAUCCUAUCCUUAGGGCCUUCCCAUGCAACACUGGACCGGCCUUUGACAACACAAACUCCUGACGAAAUGGUAGAGCAUGGCCUCUCACUGCUAAGAUGCCAAAUUAACCGAUAUCUCCCACUGUACCGGAGACAGCAACCUACCAGCACUCCGUCAGUUGACGAUGCCACGCCCUCGAACGGAGUGGUAAUGCCAUCUCCCUCCAUUCUCCACUCGCUUAUCCGGGUAUUCGGGCGUGGCAGAGACCGACAAACCAUCGUGGCUAUUCUCCGUGUUCUCCAGGCGGAAGCUUAUGAGCUCAAGCGGGUGACCAACGAGCGACGUGGGGGUCGCAGGAUGCUUCGCCGGGCUGUGGUUGCCUGCAGGGCUUUUCUUGAAAACGACCUGGCGGGCUUGAGAGAGGACAGAGACGGCUGUCCGCAAGGCCGUUGGCAAGCCCACCCCCUCACCCAGGAGGCUCGCCGCCUCGUGAACGGGACUGAGGCCAUGGCUCCGUGGCCGUCGGAUGAAGAGGUUGAUGCUUAUAUCCAGCACGAGAUGCUGUAUAACUACCACGACGACGAAGAGUAG